GGGAGUAUGAGCGAGUUCCGCAUUCACCAUGAUGUCAAUGAGUUGCUCAGCCUGCUGCAUGUUCAUGGAGGGGAAGGAGCUGAAGUCUACAUUGAUCUUCUGCAGAAGAAUCGAACACCGUACGUUACCACAGCUGUCUCUGCACACAGUGUGAAGGUAAAAAUAGCAGAGUUCUCUCGAACUCCUGAAGAUUUUUUGAAGAAGUAUGAUGAGCUGAAAUCUAAAAAUACAAGACAUCUUGAUUCUUUAGUUUAUCUACUGUCAAAACUCACAGAAGACAAAGAGACACUCCAGUAUUUGCAACAAAAUGCUAAAGAAAGGGCAGAACUUGCAGCAAAUGCAGCAACCAGUGGCAGCACAAAUUUUUCCAUUCCCUCAUCUACUUCCAAGAUAUCUCUGCAGGAGCUUGAGGAGCUACGCAAGCAGCUGGGCAGUGUCACAGCCAACUCCAGUGUACAGCAGCCUCUUGAGCUUACACGAAAAAUCCUCCGAGAUAAGCAGAACAAGAAGAAUUCUGGUCAGCCCAUUCCAGUAUUUCCAUCCUGGGUGUAUGAGAGACCUGCACUUAUUGGUGACUUCUUAAUUGGCACCAGUUUAAGCACUGACACAACAGUACCUAUAGGUACUUUGCCGUUAGCCUCCCAAGAAUCCAUGAUCGUGGAGGACUUGCUGUACGUUCUGAUUGGUGUGGAUGGAAGAUACAUCACAGCACAGCCUCUCAUAGGCAGGCAGAACCGAGCAUUUUCAGUCGAUCCAAACUUGGACUUGUCCAUCAAAGAGCUGGUGACCAGGAUUCUUCCUGUAGCAGCAAGUUAUUCUGCUGUCACCAGGUUUAUAGAGGAGAAAUCUUCCUUUGAGUACGGACAGGUAAAUCAUGCUCUGGCUGCUGCUAUGCGGACUCUCAUCAAGGAAUACAUGAUAUUAAUUACCCAGCUGGAACAUCUUCAGAGACAGGGACUUCUGUCACUGCAGAAACUCUGGUUUUAUAUCCAGCCUACAAUGAGGACCCUAGAGAUUCUUGCUUCACUUGCUACCUCUGUGGAUAAAGGAGAGUGUAUGGGAGGAUCCACCCUGAGCUUACUCCACGACAAGACAUUUAAUUACACGGGGGACAGCCAGGCCCAGGAGCUGUGCCUGUAUUUAACCAAGGCAGCCAGUGUACCUUAUUUUGAAAUUCUGGAAAAGUGGAUAUAUCGGGGCAUCAUUAAUGAUCCCUACAGUGAGUUCAUGGUGGAGGAACAUGAGCUGCAGAAGGAGAAGAUUCAGGAGGACUAUAAUGACAAGUAUUGGGAUCAAAGAUACACUGUUGUUCAGCAGCAAAUUCCCUCAUUCUUGCAGAAAAUGGCUGACAAAAUACUAAGCACAGGGAAAUACUUAAAUGUUGUGCGAGAAUGUGGCCGUGAUGUUACCUGCCCUGUGGCUAAAGAGGUCAUCUAUACUUUAAAAGAGCGAGCAUAUGUGGAACAAAUAGAAAAAGCAUAUAACUAUGCUAGCAAAGUUCUUCUGGAUUUCCUAAUGGAGGAGAAAGAGCUGGUGGCUCAUCUAAGAUCUAUAAAACACUAUUUCCUGAUGGAUCAAGGGGACUUUUUUGUUCACUUCAUGGAUCUCACGGAAGAGGAACUUAAAAAGCCUGUAGAUGACAUCAUAACCACGAGGUUAGAGGCUCUGCUUGAAUUAGCCCUGCGAAUGAGCACAGCCAACACAGAUCCUUUCAAGGAUGAUUUAAAGAUCGACUUGAUGCCCCAUGACCUCAUUACACAGCUCUUGAGAGUAUUGGCUAUAGAAACAAAACAGGAGAAGGCUAUUAUCAAUGCAGAUCCCACAGAGCUCACUCUCAGUGGUUUGGAAGCAUUUUCCUUUGACUACAUUGUUAAGUGGCCUCUGUCCCUUAUUAUAAACAGGAAAGCUCUGACAAGAUACCAGAUGCUUUUCAGACACAUGUUCUAUUGCAAACAUGUGGAAAGACAGUUGUGCAAUGUUUGGAUCAGCAAUAAGACAGCCAAGCAAUUCUCCCUGCAUUCAGCUAAGUGGUUUGCUGGUGCUUUCACACUGCGGCAGCGGAUGCUGAAUUUUGUACAGAAUAUCCAGUAUUACAUGAUGUUUGAAGUGAUGGAGCCAACAUGGCACAUUCUUGAGAAAAACCUGAAGUUGGCAUCUAAUAUUGAUGAUGUCCUGAGCCACCACACAAGCUUCUUGGAUAACUGCUUGAAGGACUGCAUGCUAACCAACCCAGAGCUGCUGAAGAUAUUCUCUAAGCUGAUGUCUGUUUGUGUCAUGUUCACAAACUGCAUGCAGAGGUUCACCCAGAGCAUGAAGCUGGAUAGUGAGAUGGACCGGCUCACCCUGGAGCACGGCACAAUGCUGGGCCCACCAACAGAGGAGGAGCGUGCUGAAGAGACUGCAAAGAAGAAGCUGACUAACAAGCUUUUAGCAGAGCAUGCUGACAACCUCCACUUGACAUCUGGCUUUGAAGCAACAAUCAACAAGUUUGAUAGCAAUUUCUCAACUCAUCUGCUGGACCUGUUGGACAAACUGAGUGUUUAUAGCACCAAUGACUGUGAGCACAGCAUGCUCAACAUCAUAUACAGGUUGGACUUCAACGGGUUCUAUACGGAGCGCCUGGAGCACAUGUCUGCUGAGCGCAGCCAGAAGGCAGCUCCCCUGCUUGCCCGCCCGGCCGUGCCUGCCCAGUGAAG